GACAUCUGUCCAGAUGUUGGAACAUCAGAACGCUCUGCUUAUCAUUUAUAUUUACACACGAGCCUAUUCUGCCUUAUAUUGUGUUUACAACAGUUGAGAAGUUUUCUUUUAUGGCUACAAAAAGGAAAAGUUUGAAUAGCGCGGAAUGGAUAUUUGCUUCCACAAUGUAUGUAGCAGAAGGAAAUGAGAUCGAAAGGAAUCUAUUUUUAUUUUUGCCAGUGAUUAUGCCAUAUCAUCUGACUGGAUGGCAAGAAGACGUCCAUCAGGAGGAACGACACCCUACAUGUCAGACAUCUCCGAGGGCGACAUAACAUAUGCGAAAAAGUGACUAAAAGUGAUGGAGCGCUUCGAUCAACUCGAGCCAACUCCGCCGGUGAACACCACGAACGACAGUUUUGUUACAGAUUCAGCAAUUGGGCAUGUGAGCGCAGAGAGGCUCGCCUCUCAGAUCAGUCUGGCGGUGAUUCUCUCCGUUAUUACACUUGCCACAACUUUAUCUAACGCGUUCGUCAUAGCAACAAUCUCCCAGUCGAAGAAAUUGCAAACUCCUGCGAACUUUCUGAUCGCCUCGCUGGCGAUCACCGACCUGCUGGUGUCCAUUCUGGUGAUGCCCAUUUGCGUCUUGUACACAGUCAUCCACACCUGGACGCUGGGGCAAAUUGUGUGCGACAUCUGGCUCUCGUCGGACAUAACGUGCUGCACGGCGUCUAUCCUGCACCUAUGCGUAAUCGCGUUGGAUAGGUACUGGGCCAUCACGGACGCGGUGGACUACUCCAAAAAGCGCACGCCGGGGCGCGCGACCGGGAUGGUGGUCACAGCCUGGGUCAUUGCCAUCUCCAUCUCCCUGCCGCCUCUCUUCUGGAGGCAGGUGAAGGCGGAUGAGCUGACCAGCUGCAGCGUCAACACGGAUCAUAUUUUCUACACCAUCUACUCCACCUUUGGGGCUUUCUACAUCCCCACCUUGCUGCUUAUUGUCCUCUACGGACGGAUAUACGUCGAGGCCCGGAAACGGAUCCUGAAGCAGUCCCCCAAGAAGUUGGGGAAGAGACUCACCGCGGCGCACCUGGUCACCAACUCCCCUGGAUCCGUGGCGUCCACAAGCUCUCUGCACUGCGGGAGACACGACACCCCGUCCAGCGACACCGGGUCUUCAACAAGCGAGAACCAGGUGAAAGUUACGGUGUCAGAUGCGCUUUUGGAGAAAAAACGUAUUUCAGCAGCCAGAGAGAGAAAAGCGACCAAGACUUUGGGGAUAAUCCUUGGUGCUUAUAUCGUUUGCUGGCUGCCGUUUUUCAUUUACACAUUGGUGGUGGCCACGUGUGACACAUGUUUUAACCCCGAGUUAUUUGACUUUUUCAACUGGUUGGGAUAUCUGAACUCUCUCAUCAACCCGAUCAUAUACACCAUGUCUAAUGAGGACUUCAAGAAAGCUUUCCAUAAACUUGUGCGUUUCAGAUGCUGCCGCGCGUAACUGAAUGCUCCUUCAGUCUCCAAUAAGCUUCAUUUAUGUAUUUUUGGAUAUAAAGUUCUAAAAAUGUAUGAGAAUAUAGAAUAAUAAGAGUGCAAUAAACUCUAUAUAAGAGGUGUGAUAAAGUAAAAACAACAAUAUAAUUAAGUAAAUUGUUUAACAUAGCUCAAAUCAAGGUACGGCAACAUUCUAUAACAAGCUAGUCUUAAUUAUAAAACAAGAUUUUAAUUUGAAAGAGUGCCAGAGAAGAAAUUAAACUUUACACACAUCAUAAAAUAACUAUAAAGUGCUCUAAAAGCAAAAGUGAUACAUUGUAGGUAAAUUCAGUGAUGGGCAGUGAUUCCUUUGUAUUAAUCAGUGCUUAUUUCCUUAUAUGACGACUGACACAUUAAUGUGAGUAGCAUCAGAGAACAUAAACAUCUUGACAUAAUAAGUAAAGACUAUAUUAAAAAACUAUAGCUACCUAGCUACCAAUGAUCCUUUUUCUCAUUAAGUGUUCAAAUAUGGUGGUUUUAUUUAUAAAACUACAUCAAUAUAUCUAUAUAUGUAUUGUGAGAAAUGAUACCAGUGGCAUACAUUUGUAUUAUGGUCAUGGGCGGCCCGCUGCCACCCUUUAUGGUUGUCUUUUGUUCUUUAGAAAGGCACAAUCAUGCAGUUGAAAAAAAAGAAAAGAUUCAUAUCAGUGUCAAACAAAGAAACUGCCGCUGAUAUUUACCCAGCAGAGCUGAAAGCUGAUCAUAAUUUCAAUUUUGCUGAACAAACACCACCUUGUUUUACUGUGUGUGUGUCUGUUUGCUGCUACAUUAAAUCUGUAUCCAUACAGCAUGUUAUGUUUAAGUGUGAAAUGGUUUGCCACCUCCUGGCUAUCGAGGCCGGCCUGCGGAGCUCCAAAAAUAAUGCUGAGGAUUUGUCAGCGUUAUAUGAAAUAAAAGUAUGUUGUUCUAAGAAUGUAUCUGUUCACAUUCAGAGAUGCUGUGCAAUAAAGGCUUUACAGUAUUUAUUUUGUUCUAUGAGUGGGAGUUUUAAUGCAGUUUUAA